UUCCUCUUAAGUUCGUGCGGUAUUUCUCUGCGCCAACGUUUACGUGAUUCUUCUUCUCGGUGGUGAGAGACGAUCAGCUGAAUAGUGGGUUGCGCCACCUAGUGUGCAGGCGUAAAAUGCAGUUUCGGUCAGCGCCACUUAGUGUGCAGGUGUGAAUUAGCUGAAGGUGAUCAAUCGUUUCGGGUUCGGUAUGAAAGGACCUUAAUGCGGCUUCUGGCCACCUGGUGGCAGCAGAGCCGAGACAGGGGAAAAAUGCUACAGUCGCCUUUAUCAUUCCAGCACAUUUAUUUAUUUAUAUAUUGCUUGGCACAACAAGAGGGCAGCACUAGCUGUUUCCUCAAAGCAGUCCAUUGAAAUUCAGGAUGCGUUCAGGAUAGAUGAUACUGCACUGACUCCUGCUAAACGCUCUGAAUGCAGUUCAGGUCCACGUGAAGCCACGCCCAUGUCGCCGUUAACGUCACCACAGAGUCUAAAUGUCUGUAGCUAGAUAUACAGUAUAAUAGUGUACAGUCAGAGAGUGGGGGGAAUGUUAAAUCUGUUCUCCGGGUUCUCUGACCCACACUGAGGGAGUCUGAGGGUGUAGACUAGAGCACGAGGAUGUAUUUAACAGAUUUGGGCUUUGUUCUUUGGUGCAGGUCAGAAUUCAUCCUUCUGUGUGAUGUGGACAUCUUGACAUGUCUGUGCACGGUGUUUACGUGCUGCAAUUCUGCCACGUGCAUGCCAUGAAUGUUAAGGUGUUCCUAAUAAAGUGGCCGAAGGGUGUCUUCUGUAAGACCGUAACACUUAGCACACAGAAGAGUGACGUGUUUCACGCCCGGCCGUAGCACGUGUACAGGGGCGCGUUCACGUGUCGGGGACGCGCGGACACGAGAGCGAGCGCAGGUGGAGAAUGUGAGCGGUGUUUCUGCGGCUCUAUACAGCCAUGGAGCUGGAGGUGGAAUCCGCUGAUGUGAUACGGCUGAUCAUGCAGUACCUGAAGGAGAACAAUCUGCCGCGCACUCUGGCCACGCUGCAGGAGGAGAGCACGGUGGCGCUGCACACAGUCGACAGCAUCGAGAGCUUCACGGAGGACGUGAACGCCGGCCGGUGGGACGCAGUGCUGAGAGCCAUCCAACACCUCAAACUACCUGACGGGCUGCUCAUAGACCUGUACGAACAGGUGGUACUGGAACUGAUCGAGUUGAAAGAACUCGGAGCCGCUGGUUGUUUAUUGACUCAGACGGACCCCAUGAUCAUGCUGAAACACACUCAGCCCGAACGAUACGCCAAGCUGGAAGCUCUGCUCACGAGCACGCUCUUCGACCCGAAUGAGGUUUACCCAGAAGGCAGCAGCAAGGAGAAGCGCAGGUCGUCUAUAGCUCAGGCGCUGGUUGGAGAAGUCAGUGUGGUUCCUCCCUCUCGCCUCAUGGCUCUGCUCGGACAGGGUCGUUUAUGCGAGAGCGCGCUGUACAGGUUACAGGAGACCAAAGCGCUGAGGCAGUUCGGAUCAUUAGCCAUGUUGUCUCUGAAGUGGCAGCAGCACCAGGGUCUCCUCCCCGCCGGGAUGUCCAUAGAUCUGUUCCGGGGGAAAACCAUGAUGAAGGACCUGGAGGAAGAGCGCUUCCCCACCCAGCUCAGCCACCUUCUGAAGUUUGGUCCGAAGUCGCAUGUCGAGUGUGCCCGGUUCAGUCCGGAUGGUCAGUAUCUGAUUACAGGAUCAGUGGACGGAUUUAUCGAGGUUUGGGAUUUCACUACGGGGAAAAUCUGCAAGGAUUUAAAGUACCAAGCUCAGGAUAACUUCAUGAUGAUGGAUGAGGCGGUGCUCUGCCUGGUGGUGAGUCACGACAGUGAGAUGGUGGUGUCCGGAGCUCAGGACGGAAAAAUACAGCUGUGGAGGAUUCGUAACGGUCAGUGUCUGCGCAAAUUCGAGCGCGCCCACAGCAAAGCUGUCACCUGCCUCUGCUUCAGCAGAGACAACAGUCAGCUCCUCAGCGGCUCCUUCGACCAGAUCAUCAGACUUCAUGGACUGAAAUCAGGAAAGAUGCUGAAGGAGUUCCAAGGUCACACUUCCUGCAUAAACGAUGUCAUCUUCUCACACAACGGCCAGUUUGCCAUUAGCGCCUCAGCAGAUGGCACAGUGAAGAUCUGGAACGUGAACACGGCAGAAUGCACCAUCACCAUCAAAACUCCUGACGUUCCAGAAGGAUCCGACAUCACCGUUAACAGUGUUGUUCUGGUGCCCAAGAACCCGGAGCACUUUGUGGUGUGUAACAGGACCAGCACAGUGGUUGUCAUGAACGUCCAGGGCCAGGUACUGAGGAGUUUUAGCUCAGGAGUGAGAGAGGGAGGAGACUUUGUGUGUUGCACACUGUCUCCUCGCGGAGAGUGGAUCUACUGCGUGGGAGAGGACUAUGUGCUUUACUCGUUCAGCACCAUCACUGGAAAGCUGGAGAGAACUCUGACGGUGCACGAGAAAGACGUGAUUGGCAUAACCCACCACCCUCAUCAGAACCUGAUCGCCACCUACAGCGAGGACGGCCUGCUGAAGCUCUGGAAACCGUGAACGUUACGCAAAAAACCCAACCGCGCAUCAGAUGAACGCUGCUGUGGUCAUCCGUGCUGAUGCUGUGGUACGUCUGUACGUCGAGAUGUUUGGAGUCAUGCGUCGGUUUUCAGGUUUGAAAGUCUUCCAUUCCAGAGACGAUGAAGAUCAUUACAAACUUAAUCUUCACUUGUAAUAUGUCUGAGUAACACUGAUCUAAUCUCUGUAACAUAAAAAAAGUGAGAUUUCUUUAAAUGUCGUAAGAAAAUCACGAUCAUAACGUUUCUGAAUUGCAUGAAACUGAAAGCUAUAGUUACGAUCAUUUUCCUGUGAAAUUCAGCUACGACUGUCGAUCGAUUUCUUUCCCCAAAUGAAAGAUUGGUUAAAAGCCAGAUGGUAUUCAUCCUUUCCAUACGUUUUAAAAACCGUCCCUCUGCCGUGUAAACGCUGCAUGAUCGUGUCGACACGCUGUUCGUGAACAGUUCCGUAGUGUUUAAUGUGUCGGAAUCUGCAUGCCAGCAGUAUCUCUGUAUGAAACCGUGAUCUAACACGGCCUUUGUGCUCCAACAUUGACACUUUUAUUUUCUUUAAGAAAAGCAGUGUAUAUUUCUGGGAUAUUGAAGAACCGAGGUGGUUUCAGCGUCAACAGUGUAGCUAACGAAAGGCGUUUUUUUAUUUUGGAGGAGAGAGUACCAGUGAACGAAUAUAAGGAGAUGUACAAAAAGGGUGCAAAACGAUGCAGCACAUUUUUGAUCCAGUCCUUUUACGAAUCGGUCGCCCUCAGAGAAACCACUCCACGCUUUGUGGUAGGACUAUUUAUUAUUUAUUUCAGGAAAAUCUUUCUGCCUUUUUCACUAAAAGCUCAGUUUUUGACAGUUUUUGGCGCAUCUCUAAUAAAUAUAUUAAAUUGACGUUGAUUAUGUACAUAGCUAAGUGGAACAGAUGGUAAUAAAUUUUAUUUCGCAUAUGAGAACUCCAAACAUUCAAUCCGUAGAUUUCGCAGAGCGAAAUGUGGUUUUUUUUUUUUUUUUUUUUAAAUUGCGUUAAAAAAACUACUCGCAUCGCUGAAAUUGCAGAUGCAUUAAAUUGUCUCUCGCAGUGAUGUGUGUUGGUAAAUGAGACCUUUUAGCUGUACUCAUGUUCAACACGCGCGAACUGAAGAGGGCUUUGAUGGAAUGCGCGUUGUGGUGAUGUCACAUGACGCGUCUCGGCCCGAAUCUGUAGAAAUUCCGCGGUAAUUUUGAAAAAUUGCAAGCUCCACAGUAUAUUGCGGAGUUUGAUUUUGCGUUCAUUUCUGUGAUCGCAAAAUCCUGGAGGGACUGAACAUUCUCCAUAUACUGUGACAAAGCGAUGAAAAUCGAGUCGAGACUAGAGCACCUGAUGGGGGAAUGGCAGGAAGGGGGCGGGGCUUCCAGGGGGUCCGUUAAUAUCAGAGAGUUCAAAACACUUACGCAACUCUUGAUCAUUCCAGAUUCGCCUGCUGAUUGGCUCAUCUGCUGUUUGCACUCUUUUGGUGUUUGCCGCGUGUGUAUUUUUGGGAUGUUCAAUGGUACAUGAUGUGACGUCAUUAACAUUCAGUCAGAUUUCUCCUGAUUUUCUGCCUGCAAGGCUACAGACGACAAACAACUUCCUAAUCUCCAGAGUUACACCAAUCUGCGAUACUGAGAAUAAUAAAUCAUCUAGAGGGCAUGCUAGGCUAGUUACCCGGCUGAAACCAGCUCGGACUGCUGACAGCGUCGUUGUGGUUACAGCGUGAUCGUCACUGUUUCCCCGUCUGAUUUUCUGCGUAAAGAAAAUGCCAAGAGUGAAAGCACUGAUUGAGAGCAGGAGUUUAACACGAGCGCUGAUCCGGACACGUGUUUGCGUAAAUGUUUUCAGGUGUGAAGGAUUGGUGUGUUUUAACACUUGACCCACACUUGCAUGAAAAAUGACACUGGAACUAUGUUUGUGAGUGUGUGUGUGUGUGUGUGUGUGUGUGUGAGAGAGAGAGAGAGAGAGACAGACGUGUAUCAGGUUUAUAUUUUGAUAUUUCUUUAUCUCAAACACUGUCGAGAAUGUUCUGGUUUGUGUUCGUGGACAGUGGGUUCGGGUGAUUUUACUAUGUAAAUGCAUCAAGUGUUGGUAAAUGCAGCAAAUUUAUUCUUGCUCUCGAAGCGAACGACACGUUUUUAACUUGUUCAUCGUCUGUGCAUCAUCAAGCUUGAUGACAUUCAGUGUCCUUUCUUUUCCUGGUUAUUUUUAUGGCCUAAACAGGCGUCUGCAUACUUUUGAUGUAUGAAAUAAAACUCGCUGCAUGUUACGCCAAACUUAAACAGUCCUGUUAUUUUCUAGUUACACCACAGUAUUAAAUGUGAAGUCUGUACAGGUACUAAUAAACGCUCGGUCCUGCGAGAGACGAGAGGGUGGUUUUGGGCCCAGUUUUUUUUUUUUUUUUUAAAGGUAAAAAUAGCAGGAUGUUCUGUUAUUGGAGUAAAAUGAUGCUAACUAACUAACCAUCUUUAUUUUUACUAACUUGUGUUUGGACUUGUUAACACGCUACAAAUAUCUGAUAGAGGGAAAAUUUCUUAAGAAUGCAUUUACACACCAGUGGUGCUCGUGUUUUUUUGUUUUUUUUUAAUAUAUAUAAAUGUAAUAACCAAAAUUAAAUAAAUACUAACAUUUCUGAAAAUUAUUUCAAAAACACCCCAAAACAGCAGGUAAAGGAGAAAGAUUUAAGUUUAAUUUAUAAGUUAAAGUACAAAUAAAAUGUAUUAUUGGUCUUAAUAAAAUUGACCUUAAAGUACAAGAAACAAUGACCACAUUAAAAAAUAAAACAAAAAACGCAGAAGAUAAAAGAUCAUUUAAAAAAAACAACAACAACAACAACGCAGAAGAUUAUUUUCCAACAGAGAUAAAGAUCAUUAAAAAAGACAAGUUUUAAUUUGAUGUCUUUGCUGUGAAACACAUGGUCGAGGGCAGGAGAUGUUUCCUCUUUACCUGUUUAUAAGGCCUCGCAGGUUACAGGUAAUUGACGGAACGUUUGGCAGACGAACGUGGAAAUAAGGAUUUGCAUUUAAGUCAUUUAAAACUAUUCGAGUGCUGCAUAACUGUACUGCUCUGCAUAAUGAACGAAUAGAUUAGUGUAAGAAAGAGUAACAUGAUUUAACUCUUGGCAACUUAAUUCACAUGAAAAGGCUGCAACUAAAAGAAAAAAACCAUGGCAGUCGAUGUACAGUGCAAAUGCUGCUACACAUGACGAAAGCUAAUUAUUGAGCCAAAAUCUUUUUUCUUUUCUUUAUUCUUUCUUUCGGUUUACGGUCACCGUUAGAGGACGUCAUACAAACCGUACUUGUAGUAGACGUUUCUUUUCCCUCUUCCUUUAUACGCUUAUUAAAGGUUCAGCCGUUAAAGUAACAUUGCUUUUACUUUUACAUUUGAGGAAAAUCUUUUGGCUUGCUAAAUCACAGUAUCCUUAAAAACGGCAGAAACGAACAAACAAAAAGGAAAACCAGCGCGGCUUUUAGUUUUUCUUCAGGUUCUGUAAUGAUUAGCAGCUUUAAAUGAAAUGUCUGCUUCCUUGACCUCUGCUGCGUUUGUAAAGGAAUCUAAAGAAAGAUGAACUCAAUACUGUACCUGACUCGCUCACCUGAUCCUCUCUACACUUCAGAAACCUGCUCAUCAUUACAAUGAAUAAGAUUUUCCCAGUGAUUAAAAAACAAACAAAAAAAAAAA